CACCAACCUGAUUUCUCAGUGGGCAGCUGCACACAUACACUGGGACUAAGUUACCUGCCAGCAUCAAAUGGCUACUAGCUGGAGCAGAGAAAUGACCGUGUAGCCUGGUCUUCCCGUGUGUUGGUGUUGUUGGACAAGACAAAGCUCAAAGAGCACAGACUGCAGCAGAACGCAGGGCCAGUAGGAUUUUCCUCCUCACACUGAAACAGCCGAGAAAAGAGAGACAGUUAGCUGCCGAGGAGGAGAGAGACGUUAUUCAUGGAGGAUCCUCUGAGGAGUACCUGACCCACAAGCUGCCCAGUGUGUAGGUUUUCAUCUGGCUCUUGGGAGCAGUUGUGUGGACUCCUACACGCACCCAUCCCUCCUUCGGGACCGGCCCACUCCCUCCCCUACUUGCCCCUCGUCCUCAUUUUAAGGAUAGGAUGCCCGGCUCUGCGCCCCUGUGCUGAGGAGGCGUCGGCGGGCAGCAGUAUGGGCGCUGUGCUGGCCGGCAUCCCCACAACCCCCUCCACCACCGAUCUGCCACCACCACGCUGCCCCACCGAGACGGGCGCUCCCCCCAGCCCCGCCGAUGGGCGAAGACACUGACGCCACCCCGACGCUCAACCACCGCGGCUUCCUCCCCGACCACAACUAUGUGACUGAAGCUGAUAUCAUCUCCACUGUUGAGUUCAAUCACACCGGAGAGCUCCUGGCCACAGGGGACAAAGGGGGCCGAGUGGUCAUCUUUCAGAGGGAACCUGAGAGCAAGACUGAGCCAUUCUCCCAGGGAGAGUACAAUGUCUACAGCACCUUUCAGAGCCAUGAGCCCGAGUUUGACUACCUUAAGAGUCUGGAGAUUGAGGAGAAGAUCAAUAAGAUCCGAUGGCUGCCUCAGCAGAACGCCGCACACUUCCUCCUAUCCACCAAUGAUAAGACCAUUAAGUUGUGGAAGGUGAGUGAAAGAGACAAACGGCCGGAGGGAUACAACCUGAAAGAUGAGGAGGGUCGCAUCAAGGACAUCUCCACUGUCACCUCCCUACAGGUGCCAGUGUUGAUGCCGAUGGACCUGAUGGUGGAGGUCAGCCCUCGGCGAGUGUUCGCCAACGCCCACACCUACCACGUCAACUCCAUCUCCGUCAACUCCGACUAUGAGACCUACAUGUCAGCUGAUGACCUGAGGAUCAACCUCUGGCAUCUGGACAUCACCGACCGCAGCUUCAACAUUGUGGACAUCAAGCCAGCCAACAUGGAGGAUCUGACAGAGGUGAUCACAGCGGCUGAGUUUCACCCCCACCACUGUAACCUGUUUGUCUACAGCAGCAGCAAAGGCACCCUGCGCCUGUGUGACAUGAGAGAAGCAGCACUGUGUGACAAACACUCCAAAUUAUUUGAAGAGCCCGAGGACCCCAGCGCCCGCUCCUUCUUCUCUGAGAUCAUCUCCUCCGUGUCAGAUGUCAAGUUCAGCCAUAGCGGUCGCUACCUGCUCACAAGAGACUACCUGACUGCCAAAGUCUGGGACCUCAACAUGGAGAGCAAGCCCCUGGAGACAUACCAGGUUCACGAUUACCUCCGCAGCAAGUUGUGUUCCCUUUACGAGAAUGACUGCAUCUUUGACAAAUUUGAGUGUGCCUGGAACGGCUCGGACAGUGUGAUCAUGACCGGAGCCUACAACAACUUCUUCCGCAUGUUCGACCGCAACACAAAGCGUGACGUGACCUUGGAGGCAUCAAGAGAGAGCAGCAAACCCCGGGCUGUCCUGAAGCCACGGAGGGUCUGUGCUGCCGGAGGAAAGCGCCGGAAGGACGACAUCAGUGUGGACAGCCUGGACUUCACCAAGAAGAUCCUCCAUACAGCCUGGCACCCGAGCGAGAACAUCAUCGCCAUCGCUGCCACCAACAACCUGUACAUCUUCCAGGACAAACUCAACUCUGAGAUGCAUUAAUGAACGGAUGUCAGCGGUGGACACAAAUGAGUUUACACCUGAACACACAACUAUGCCAGAAUGUACACAUUUACGGACAUAUACCCACAGGAAUAUGCCUAACACCCCUGCACACAUAUACGCGAUCAGAAACCACACACACACAUCUAGGUCUACUUCGACACACUCCCUCACCUCCUCCCCAGCCUCCCAGAACUGAAAGGACCUAGAAAGGGCUAGAAAGGGAACAGGCUGGAUUACACAGUGGAUUAUGGAUUGCAAAAUUGUCUGGACUGUGGAUUUCUCGAUUGUUAACCUCUGGAUUGUGCUUGAUGGUGUGUUUGAUUGCUACAGCUCAGCUUCUGAGGGGGAUAACCCCCCCGCUAGACUGGAGAGACGUUUACAUGUUUGUAUUUUUAUUUAUUUAUUCUUUUGGUUCUUUAGCUUUCUCCACCUCCUCUCCCUCCUCUCCUUUUUGUAUUUGUGUGCUCGAGCAAGCAAAGCCUAUUCUUAUCCCUUGCCCACUGUUUUGUGUAACAAAAACCCUUCGUGGUUGUCAACCAGCGGCACUCAUCAAAAAUGGGCCAUUUAUGUAACAGGCUGUUUGUUUGAUUUCAGAUCAGCUACCCAACUUCUGUUUUGUAACUUCUUGUUAAAUGAUGUUGAUGAUGGUAAUUAUGAUGACAAUGAGAAUUUCAAAUGAUCUGUGUGAUGUGCAAGGAUGAACUCGGAAACUCUCCCCUCAACCCAAGUGCACCCAGACGCCUCUGAGCUCAACUCGACCGUGUUCAGUGACGUACAAAACAUUCACAGUCCUGCAGAUAGAAGCAGAAGUUAGUAGGUUAUAACACCGCGGCAUAAUUGAGGACAUACUCUCAUGUUUGUGCUCCACACACUGUGUUUCAGUCGUUAACAUUUUCUCUGCUGAAACGAGCCCUUCAACAUCAUCAGAUUGUGGAUUCUGCUUCUGGUCUGGGGCUCCGUCGUGUGCUACUUUGCCGUUAAAUACAACUCAAACCAAGCAAAAAGAGAAAAAAAAAAACAAUUAAAAAAUGAACAAAAUAAUUUCAACAAUCAAGCAAAAAA